AUGGAACGUUCUAGAUCUAAGAGAAACUACUACUAUGACCAAGACUAUGAUUCUGAGACUGUGGUCAGGACCAGGCCGCGAUAUAACAACCACUACAGCGCUGGCGCCGGCAACCACCGCCACCGUGGCGGCGGCGCCCGCCACGCGAAGGCGCAGGAGUCGCAGCUCAGCGUCACAACCAGCUACCGCAUUCUGUGCCACGAUAUGAAGGCAGGCGGUGUGAUAGGAAAGUCCGGCAGCAUUAUAAAGUCCAUAAGGCAGCACACCGGGGCGUGGAUCAACGUGCACGAGCUCAUGGCGGGGGAUGAGGAGCGGAUCAUCGAGAUUUCAGACACGCGCCGGCGAGACCCCGAGGGGAGAAUGCCGUCGUUUUCGCCCGCGCAGGAGGCGCUGCUACUGAUCCACGAGCGGAUUCUGGAGAGCGACGCGGGGUUUGGGGUGGCGGAGGAGGAGGAGGAGUAUGGUGGGAGGGGAGGCGGCGUGAGGGACCGUGUGGCGACGAGGCUGGUGGUGUCGAGAAUGCAUGUAGGGUGUUUGUUGGGGAAAGGAGGAAAGAUUAUUGAACAAAUGAGGAUGGAAACCAAGACGCAGAUUAGAAUACUCCCUAGAGAUCACAACCUUCCCCGUUGUGUUUCCAUGUCUGAAGAGAUUGUUCAGGUUGUAGGUGAUUUAAAUGCUGUAAAGAAUGCUCUUGUUAUCAUAUCAUCACGGUUGAGGGAGAGCCAGCACCGUGACCGAAGUCAUUUCCAUGGACGUGUACAUUCACCAGAGCGUUUUUUCUCUCCCGAUGAUGAUUAUAUUCCUCACGUGACUAGUGGAUCUCGUAGAUCAUCUGUGGAUGGGGCCACUUUUGGAUCACGAGGUUCCAACACAAAUAGCAGAAACAAUAGUCACUCCUCAAUGAAUUAUGCACUGGAGCCUGGGGCUGCUCCUGUUGCCGAUGAUGCACAGGGCUUCUAUGGGGAGGAACUUGUUUUCCGUGUACUCUGUCCAGUUGAGAGAGUUGAUCGUAUAAUUGGGGAAUCAGGUGGAAUUGUAGAGUUCCUUCAGAAUGAGGUUGGUGUAGAUGUUAAGGUCACUGAUCCUAUCGGUGGUUCUGAUGAACAGAUAAUUAUCAUUACUUCUGAGGAGGGUCCUGAUGAUGAGCUGUUCCCAGCUCAAGAAGCUUUGCUACAUAUACAAUCUUGCAUUGUCGACCUUAUUCUAGAUAAAGACAAUACUAUAACCACCAGGCUUGUUGUCCCAUCUAGCGAUAUUGAAUGCUUAGAUGGAAAAGAUGCUUCUCUUUCAGAAAUAAGGAGAUUGACAGGUGCUAAUGUUCAAAUUUUGCCAAGAGAUGAGCUACCUCUCUGUGUUGCAAAAACCGAUGAACUUGUACAGAUUGUUGGAGAGAUUAAAGCAGCCCGAGAUGCUGUUGUGGAGGUGACAUCAAGAUUAAGAAGUUACUUGUACAGGGAUUUCUUUCAAAGGGACACAGUAUCACUACCAGCUCCCUUACCUGGUUUGGAGGCAUCGUCCAAUAAUUUAGUUCCAGUUACUGAAACUCCCACAACCUAUCAAAACUUGCAAACUGUUGCAGGAGCCCUUCCAUCAAAGGAAACUGCAGGAUCUAGCACUGAGGCAGGAAAGCAGAAAGAAAGUGAUCGCCGCGAUGAGGUGCUUAGUGGUUUAAAUAGGAUUGCUGUACCUCUCGUCACAAGGAGUACACUUGAUGUUGUUAUACCAGAGAUUGCAGUACCAAAGCUUAUGGCAAAAUCCAAAAGCAUGCUUGCCCAGAUAAGUGAGUUGUCAGGAGCCAAUGUAACCCUUGUAGAGGAUAGACCAGACGUGACAGGGAAGACUAUUCAGAUAUCUGGAACUCCAGAUCAGGCAGAGAGAGCCCAGAGCUUGCUCCAAGGAUUUAUUUUGAGCACACAAGAAGAUGGCCCUUAA